AUGGAUGUGGCAAUGCUGCAGAUAGCCGAUGGUCAGGAGUUUUUGCACAACACAAACAACAAUAACAAUAAUAACAAUAGCAAUGAUGCUAUUGCUUGUGGAUUGGAUGGCAAGGGCAAGUUGGCAGCUGAUGUGGUCAAUGAUGCACCGCGAGAUUUCGUAACACCAAAGAUGAGCUCGAGCGUGGCCAGCAUUCUCGAUGAUACUACUCCGAGCGAUUCCGGUGUACAGCUGCUUGAUUCGGAAUCAAGUGGUCUAAAUGAAUCGAUGAUUUCCAGUGCUGGAGGAUUUGAAUUCGAUGGCGGUCCUACACCACCGCCUCCGCUGCCUCCGUCAGUGGUGUCCACGUACGGUGAAGAAGGCAAAAAUAAUAAUAACAAUUUUACGUAUCACAAUCGUUCCGUAGCGGAUAUGGAGGUGGAAGCAGGAGAAGAAGAGGAAGCGGCGGGUGUUGCAAGUGCGUACCUGGACGAGGUGGGCGAAGCGAAACUGGCAGCCGAUCAAGAGAUUGGCGAAGGUAUUGAAAUCGAUCUGGGUAUGAGCACAAGCCAGGUACCGGACGAACUAAUAUCCAGUACCUGUUCGACGUUCGACAGUGAGAAUAUCGUCUACCGAAGGCGCAUUAAGAAGGCACCGAUUAGUAAGACACCGAAAAAGCGUGUGUCCUUCCACGAGGAUAUUUUGAAAAACACCAAAACGGACAACAUUCAUAUCGAGCACGGGUUCAUUACGUACAAAACUGGUGGAAUUGGGAAAAAGUCCGUAACGAAAGGUCGAUACUCCUGGUGCUCGGAGGAUGAUGCAGGUGGUCUCGACUACGGCGAUGAGGAAGCUCAAGAAGGAAGACAGUACGUGUAUAGGAAUGCCUGUUCUGAUGUGCUCGACUAUGGCAAGACGGAUGUGUUUGAAAACGUCGAAGACGAGAGGAACUACGUGAAGUAUGAUAAUUCGGGUGUCUUUGAGUACGGUCCGCCAGUACGCAGCGCAAAAACUUCCGAACUGGGAGGGAAACCGCUUUACAAGUGCAGUUGUUCCGAUUCUAACUCAAGUCUCGACUCUGGCGAGGGUGGCAAUGUACAAACAAUAAAUUAUCGUCAAGCCAAAUCAAACAGCUGCGAGUGCAUCGGUUCGAAUGUGACUGCAGGACGUCGCGGUAAGCACAACGGCAAUAACAACAAUAACGUCAUCUCGGACAAUUGCUAUUACAGUGAACCGAGCAUCGAACAUUUGGACGAAUUUAACGGCAAUGUAACGGGUGCGGACGGCGGUGGUGAACAGUUUGUAAAGUCGGUAUGGAGCAAGGAGAAAAAACCGAAAAGCAGCUGCCUUAAAAAGACAAAACGCAACAACAUUUUCACGAACGUGGUCGUACCAGAGUAUGAUCUAAGCCGAAAGGUGAAGAAGUUCAACGUGCAUCAGCGCCUAUCGGUGAUCGACAACAGUCGUAUGAUCUUUGGCUCCCUGAAAGACAUUUUCGGUAUUGCGCUGCCGGAACGCGGCGUACCGGAAGGAUCGGAAGAUCUGUCGUCGGUACGAGAAUGUAUUCCAGAAGCGCACGACGAUGGAACUCUCGUCGAUGACUUCACGCUAGUGCAAAAACCGAAAUCAUUUCUAUCAAAGAGUUUAGACGGUGGGUUUAAUAGUCGGAGUGGUGGACGUACGAAUGCUGGACAGCAGAAGAAAUACGUGCACAACGUUGACGAACAGCUGCGUCGAAAGAACGACGAAGACCUUUAUGCACCGAGCCGAAAAAAUAGCGUGGAGGAUGAAUUGCCGGGAAAUGAUGAUGAAACUGUUGACACGAACAAGAAAAUGAUAGAAUCCGAUGAGGUUACAGUUUCCUCUAGUCCUAAUUCGAAUGAAGUGAAUGGGGUGCCUAUGAUGGCUGGCGCUGCUAUCGGAGCUUAUCGUAACAAGUUUAUUAUCAAUGGUGAGAGCACUGUGUAUGAACAUACUGGAGUAUCAUAUUGCUUUGAGGACGGCCAGGACAAGUCUCCACAGGAGGAAGAAAAGGAACUUCCAGUCGGAGAAACGACCAGCGGAUCGUUUAUUGGAAAGACGCAGAUAAAAAAGAAACUUUCGACCAUAUUUCAGAAGAUAAAUGUAAUUAGCUCGCAAGCGUCCACCCCGAAUCCGGCUCCACGUCCCGGUGGGGAUGGUGAAGGGGAACAGAGGAUGGAUGGAGUCGCACAGGGAAGCAGAAAAGAAUCGAUAAACUCUAUUCUUCCUUCACCACCGUCACCGAAACUCUCGGAAAAGGCGUUCAUGGAAAGUAGCACGAUCUCUUCUUGCAGCAGCGAUCAUUCCGAUCAAAUUUCUGGCAGUUCGGGUAAAUUCGCAGGUAUGAGUUCUCCACAUGGUAGCGGAGCGACUGUCAAAUCCAACCGUCACCUAUCAUCACCACUGAAAAAUAGAUCCCUUACUACGACCGCUCGUCCAUCGCGUAUGAGUCCUGACCUGUUCAAUCUAGGCGUUGCACCUCCGCUAGGAUUAACAGGUCGUAACAUAAACCAAAUCAACCCCCAGUUGGCAGAAGAGUUUGAGGACAUUCUGACGGUAACGACCACCACUACCGCCACAGAGUCGUUGAUCGAAUCUGUAGAACAACGUCAACAGAUUGACAAAAAAUCAAUCGUCGAGGACGACAUCGUGAUCCUGGAUUAUCCCGCCACAUCGGGUACUUCGAGCUCAACCGUGCUAACACCCGUUACUCCCCAAUCGGAUGAUUUCAUGCGUCCUGCAAACCGGGCCACGUCCUAUCAACGGCCUCGUCACAAUCCGAUGACGUCCUCCACAGCUAGUUCCGCAUCGACCGCCUCGAAAAGUUCUCUGAUCAAUCGUUUCCUUCGCAACGUUACACAAAAGAAGAUCCUCGAGGCGACGAUUAAACAGAAUCCCUUCUUCCAAUCGAAGCUCAAUGGCGAACGUAAGCUGUUCGAGAAUUUGUGCCCACGGGGACCAGUGCGAACUAUCAACAGAGAACUGGUUGAGGAUCUGAACGCGGAAAUAGCAAUGGAAAUAGAGCUGUCCUCAUCCGCCUGUCAACUUGAUCGUAUCCAACUGAACGACACAUAUGCACAGUCAGCCACCGAAGGUGUCAUUCCGUUUGCACUCGGAGGCGUGAAGUUUGACGGUGGCGGUAUCGGAGUCGGAGAGUUACCGGUGGAACUUUUCUCUGCCGGUCCGCGGCUUUCCAUCUACCGGAACGACAGCGAGGUGCUGAUGAAGGUGUUUAAGCUGUUCAAUGGAUAUAGCCGGGAGGGUUAUAUGACACCGGUGCUAGUGUUUCUUACCGAUCGUACACUUUACGUAACGGAUCAAGUACGGAACCGGUUGUGCAAUAAGUUCGUGUUGCCGUACGCCGAGUUGGAUGUUAUACUGGUUGGUCCGUAUGGAAAUACGGUGCUGUUAAGCAACUCGGCCCGGGAUAUGCAGCAGGUUCUGCUGGCUGGAGGGCCAUAUCCAGCAGAGGGGCUAGUGUCGAGCUUGGAGUUGUGUGCCCGACGUGGUGGUUCUGUGUUGCCUGCCGUUGGUCAGCUUACGCUUGAUCAUUUGGCACCGUUGCAGGCAUUCGUGCGGGAUCAUUCAAGCGUUAGCCGGGAAGAUUCGUGGAAAUAUUAUGCCGUCGUGAAUGUUCCGGCUGGAACGUUGGGUAGUGAGGAGGCACCGCUUGGCCCGCACAUAAAGGGACCUUUAAUGCACCGUAGAAUGUCACACGCCGGCUUUGUAGAUAACUGGUCCGCGGGAUACUUUUUGCUAAAAGCCGGCGUGCUUUACUUGUUUGGCGAUGCCUCGCAGAAGCUGCCAACAUGGGCCGUCGCACUAGCCGAAUGCCAAGGUGCACGCCGUUCGAUGAAUUCAGGACGUCCCUACUGUUUCGAGCUGCUGCUUCGCACUGGAGCGCUUCAGCUGGCCGCACCGGACGAGUAUGUGGCGUCCGAUUGGCUACAGGCACUAGUGCAAGCGGCGAGCGGGGUGAGUGACACGUGCACAGUGGCAUCAAAGUUAUUUGAGAUGCAGGAACGUCGUCGCACACUCGGAUGUACGCUGAUAAUGACAUCAAACCAUCUGCUAACGCUCCGAGAAGACUUCAGCGCACCUUUGCGGCGCAACACAAGCUACAGCACGGUGGGUGAGAUAAGCAAUCCAUCAUUGGCGUCAAAUGGAUCAAUGCAGCUUCAGCUCGCCCUCUCAUCGCCUUCGAAGGAAAACAUUAAUCCGAACGCCACCCGUCGGAAGAUAAGUAACGUGUCUAGCAAUAAUGGCGGACAGGAUAACUACAGCGAGAUAAGUUCCGUUCGAUCGAACUGCAGCACGCCAACCCGUACAAAUAUGGCAGGACAGGUAAUUAACGCUGAUCGACGAUCGAAUGCAUCAAGCACUAGCACACCGACCAGGGGAAGUAUAAUGCAGCAACAGCAACAACAGCUAAAUGGAUCACCUGCGAGAAGCCUGCCUCGGGCGAGUACUUUGGUCAGUGGACCAUCGUCUUUGGCGGACUUUUUCGCCGGCAGUGCGGAAGAAAAGAGCUACACUAAUAUGAGCAGCUUUUAUGGGAAAAAUUCCGGUGUAGAAGUGCUCACAUGCGCUAGUAUCGAUGAAAUGUCGGCUGUGAAAAUACCGGCAGUUUCUUCUAAUUGGUGGUGUAUUCUGGAGUUUGAGUGUCAAGAGGUGCGGGAAAAUUCGGAUGAUUUGGUAGUUUUCUUUUCAACCAGUGCCGAGCAGGAACGUUUUCUGGCUAUGCUUGAAUCGAUUUGGCACUCUAAAAAGAGUGAAGCUUUUCCGGCUUCCAUCAUCAGCAGCGACGAUGCGGUAUACGAUCAUUGCUCCAAGCUGUUUCUAGAAAUUAACCGUUCCUGGGAGCCGUUGCUGUCUGCUGCGUUGGGUUAUACUUAA